AAAGGUUGCAAAGUGGCCAGCAGGUCAGUGAGAUUGUUGAUAAGGUUGGUAGGUUUCACUUAAUCCAGGAAGUGGUCAGUCUAUCUGCAGAACAGGGGGUAUAAAUCCACCUGGAGGGAAGCAGAAGUCCUCAAUAAAAAAGGAGCCCUGCACAGAGACGGACAAUGAAGGGGGAACUUUCUCUGAACAUGGUAACUGCUGCCACCACGAUGGGCUCAAUGAAAUCAGCUGGACUUUAUCUGCUCCUGCUGUCUUUUCUUCUUUACGUAUCUGAUUCUUACCCUAACAAUGACCAAUCAAACAUGGGCUGUGAGGAGUGCACGCUGAGGAAGAACAACCUUUUCUCCAUAGAGCGUCCCCUCUAUCAGUGCAUGGGCUGCUGCUUCUCCAGAGCAUACCCGACUCCUCUGAAGGCCAUGAAGACCAUGCCGAACCCAAAGAACAUCACCUCGGAGGCAACGUGCUGUGUGGCAAAGCACAGCUAUGAGACCGAGAUGUUUGGCAUAAGGGUGAGAAACCACACAGAAUGCCACUGCAGCACCUGCUAUUUUCACAAGAUAUGACGGAUGGGAAGUGGAGCCCUUUCUGGAGCGAUCAGCUCAACACAUUGUGCUUCUUUUAAAAUGCAGACGCUCUUCUGUUUUCAAAUGUAUACUCUUGUGUUGGCAGAUGUCUGUGAUGUGUAUUUAUUAGCCUACAUUUUUGCAUGAA